GAUGUCCCAGGCGCCUGGCCUCGAUAGCCCGCCGCCCCUCCCUUGGCGCUUGGCUCUCGACGGCGUCCGGGGCGUGGCCGUUCCCUCGAGAGCCCCGUCCCUGAGCGGACCCGCCCACCUCUGAGAGGUAUGUCUUUGCAAAACGCCACUCUUUCCGGAGAGGGAAACACAGAGGCAGAGAUUAUGGCUGCUGUGUUUUUUUCAGUUGGACCUUUGAGCCCUGAAGUUACCAAGCCAGAUGAAGAUCUUCACCUUCAGGCAGAAGAAACAGAAUUGGUAAAGGAAUCAGUGACAUUUAAGGAUGUGGCUAUAGACUUCACAUUGGAGGAGUGGAGGUUGAUGGACCCUACACAGAGGAACCUGCAUAAGGAUGUAAUGCUGGAGAAUUACAGGAAUCUGGUCUUCGUGGGGCUUGCAGUUUCCAAACCAGACAUGAUAUCUCAUUUGGAGAAUGGGAAAGGACCAUGGGUGACGGUGAGAGAAAUUUCAAGAAUUCCCUAUCCUGACCUGGAGACCAAACCUGCAACCAAGAAUGCUACACGAACAAAGGAUGUUUCUGAAGAUUUAUCACAGCAGGCCAUAGUAGAGAAACAUACAGAGAAUAGUCUAUGGGAUUCCAGAAUGGAAGGGUUAUGGAAAUGGAAUGAUAGGAUAUUGAGAUUACAAAAUAAUCAGGAGAAUCAUUUGAGUCAAAGAAUAAUUACACUCAAGAAGACUCCCACUAGUCAAAGAGGCUUUAGAUUUGAAUCUAUUCUUAUUCCAGAACCAGGUGUUCCCAUAGAAGAGGUUCAUAGUAGAUACCAAACACAAGAGGAAAAUUUCGCAGAAAAUAUGGAUUUGAUUACAGAUACCCAUUUGGGAAAGAUAAUUUGCAAGGAAAUGAAAGGCAGCAAAGCCAUAAGGCAGACUUCAGAACUUACUUUGGGGAAGAAAUCCAAUAAUAAGGAAAAACCCUACAAAUGCAGUACCUGUGAAAAGGCCUUUCGUUAUAGGUCAUUGCUCAUUCAGCAUCAAAGAACUCACACUAAAGAAAAACCUUAUGAAUGUAAUGAAUGUGGGAAAACAUUCAGCCAGCCUUCAUAUCUCAGUCAGCACAAAAAAAUUCACACUGGAGAAAAACCCUAUAAAUGUAAUGAAUGUGGAAAGGCCUUCAUUGCUUCUUCAUCACUUAUGGUACAUCAGAGAAUUCACACUAAAGAGAAACCUUAUCAGUGUAAUGUGUGUGGGAAAUCUUUUAGCCAGUGUGCCCGUCUUAAUCAGCACCAGAGAAUUCAAACUGGUGAGAAACCUUAUAAAUGUAGUGAAUGCGGGAAAGCUUUUAGUGAUAAGUCAAAACUUGCAAGACAUCAGGAAACUCACAAUGGUGAGAAACCCUACAAAUGUGAUAAUUGUGGGAAAGCCUUUAGGAAUAAGUCGUAUCUGAGUGUACAUCGGAAGACCCAUACUGAAGAGAAACCAUAUCAGUGCAAUGAGUGUGGGAAGUCUUUUAAGAAUACCACAAUUUUUAAUGUGCAUCAGAGGAUUCAUACUGGAGAGAAACCUUUUAGAUGUAAUGAAUGUGGAAAAGCCUAUAGAAGUAAUUCAAGCCUUAUCGUACAUAUAAGAACCCACACUGGGGAAAAACCCUAUGAAUGUAAUGAAUGUGGGAAAGCAUUCAACCGCAUUGCAAAUUUCACAGAACAUCAGCGGAUUCACACAGGAGAAAAACCCUAUAAAUGUAAUGAAUGUGGGAAGGCGUUCAUUAAUUAUUCAUGCCUUACUGUACACCACAGAAUGCAUACAGGAGAGAAACCUUAUAAAUGUAAUGAAUGUGGAAAGGCCUUCAUGCGUUCUUCUUCUCUAAUUAUACAUCAGCGUAUUCAUACUGAAGAGAAACCUUAUCUGUGCAAUGAAUGCGGGGAGUCUUUCAGAAUAAAAUCACACUUAACUGUACAUCAGAGAAUUCACACUGGAGAGAAACCAUAUAAAUGUACUGACUGCGAGAGGGCCUUCACCAAAAUGGUAAAUCUCAAGGAGCAUCAGAAAAUUCAUACUGGAGUGAAACCCUAUAAAUGUUAUGAUUGUGGAAAGUCCUUUAGGACUAAAUCAUACCUUAUUGUACAUCAAAGGACACAUACUGGAGAAAAACCAUAUAAAUGUAAUGAAUGUGAGAAAGCCUUCACUAAUACAUCACAGCUUACCGUGCACCAACGAAGGCAUACUGGAGAGAAGCCCUAUAAAUGUAAUGAAUGUGGAAAGGUUUUCACAAGUAACUCAGGCUUANAUCAAAGAACACAUACUGGAGAGAAACCAUUUAAAUGUAACGACUGUGGGAAAGCAUUUAGCCAGAUGGUACAUGUCACAGAACACCAGAAAAUCCACAGUGGAGAGAAGCCCUAUAAGUGUGAUGUCUGUGGAAAAGCCUUCAGAAGAGGUUCUUACCUUACAGUGCAUUGGAGAACACACACUGGAGAAAAACCCUACACCUGUAAGGAAUGUGGAAAGGGUUGUAUUACUGUAUCACAGCUAACCUUACAUCAGAGAAUUCAUACUGGGGAGAGGCCCUAUAAAUGUGAAGAAUGUGGAAAAGCCUUCAGAACUAACUCAGACUUUACUGUACACUUGAGGAUGCAUACUGGAGAAAAACCCUAUAAAUGUAAUGAAUGUGGAAAAGCCUUCAGGAGUAGUUCAAGCCUUACUGUACAUCAAAAAAUACAUCAGAGAGAAACUCAGUCAAUAUGAAGAUGGUAAGUCAUUCAUCCAGAUGUCAACUCCAGAAGAUGAAUCUUAUAAACUAUAUAUUAUGAAUAUAGGAAAAUCUUCAUUAGGAAUUCAGAAAUUAUACAGAGAAGCUCUAUAAACAAUUAUGUAGGAAAUAAUUUAAUAAUAUUAAUUUGUAGAAGUUAUAAGAAAACUCUCACUAGAGGAAAAUAAUGAACAAAUGAAAGCUUUUAUCCAGAUUUUAUACUUUACUCUUUUAACAAAUUAUCUUCAGUUAAUUGCCUAUAUAUGUAUUUGCCUAUUUUUCUAUUCAUUUAUCUGUCUUUUCUUAUAAACUUAGAGGAACUUUUAAUACAUUUUAGGUAUUAAUCAUUUGUCAUUAUGUAACAUGUUUUUCUUAAUCUAGCAUUUGCCUUUAUACUUUUUAGUAAUGGCACAACACUUUUUUAAGAAAAUAUUUAUAUCAUUUUAUUUUUAGAUUUUUUAUUUACUCAUUUUACUUAAAACAGAUCUCUUUAAUGCCUAGGUUAUACGUAGCAUCCUAAAUUUCUUUUUAAGAUUUUGAUGAUUUUAUUUUUUACAUUUAAGUCUUUAAUCCCCCUGGACUGGAUGGUUCUUCAUAGGAGAGCAACUCUAAGUGAUAAUUAACCCAUGAAAAGAUUUUGAACCUAAAAAGUACUCAGGGAAAUGAAAAUUGAAAUGAGCAGUGAGAUGAAACUUCCCCUUCAUGGAUUUGGUAAAUGUUAAGAGAUCUUUUGCUAUUGGGGUUUGGGAAACCAUGUAUCCUUAUUUAAAGGUUACAUAACAUAUUUCCACCAUCAGUCCAACAAUAUACAUUUAAAAGUUUAAAACAUAUAUACUGUUAGGCCCAGCAGUCUCACUUUUGGGAUCUGUCCAAUAGAAACAAAAGCAGCAUCAAUGCAUAAGAAUAUAAAUAAACAUGUUUGUUGAAGUAUUGUUUGUAGAAGGGGCAAAGCCCCAACUGCAAACACAAUGAAUGCCCAUUAAUAUGGGAAAUGGUUAGGUAAAUUGUGACAUAUCAAUAUUAUGGAACAGUGUGAGAGUAAUUUUUUAAAUGAAUUAUAUACUAGCUGAUUUCAAUGUAUUUCCACAAUGUAUGAUAAAUAAUUGCUUUGUAGCAGAAAUGUAUAUAUACAGUAUUUCAUUUUUGUUAAAAUUAUCAUACUCAUUUAUUUUGUAUUUAUGUGUGUGUGUGAUUAGAUGCACAUGGAGACAGGUAUGGAAGAAUAUACACCAGGCUGUUGAUAUUGAUUACCUUGAGGGGAGGGAGCAAAGGAGAAAUAGAGAUGAGGGGAGAGUGUACAAACAGAAAAAUGUAAAUGCCACACAUAUGGUAUAAAACUGUGUAUGUAAUAGUAUGUAUUUAUGUGAACAUUUGAGGGAGAUGAAUGAAAGCAUGUUCUCCAAAAAUUUAAUGAUGGUUAUUUCUGUUUUAGUGAAGUGUCAGGUAUUUUUUGUUUUUUUUUUUUUACUUUCUUUUCUGUGUUUUUAAGUUAAAUUUUUCUUUGCAAUGAACAUACAAUAUUUAUAUAAAGAGGAAAAAUCUUUUUAUUGUGCACUUUAUUUGUUGGACACCUUCAAUGUGCAGGACCUACCCUCAGUGCUGGAUAUGCAGUGAGGGGGAGAGGUGCUCGUGGAUCUGAGAGCAUGGAAAUUGUUUCUUAUGUUACCCAAAUUCCAAAAAAUGUUCCUUGGCACCUUAUUCCCACCACUGAGUUUUAUUUGUAGGAAGUGAUAGAAAUUCCAAAUAAAUGAAAAAUAUACCCAAGAAUAUCUGAAACUUGUACCCAGAAAGUAGACCGGAAGACCGCAAGCCUCGGAAUUUCCACUUUCAACAUGCCAUCAAAGAAAAGGUCACAAAGGCAACAAUAGGUGUCUUUAUGGAUCUAUGUAAAGUCUCUCAACUUUGCAUAAUGAAGUAUAUAGAGAGAAAAUAGCCAAUACCUCCCAAGUCUAUAAAUGAGGGCUUAGAAGUUCUGGGAACACUAUGAAAUACUUCUGCUAGGAGGGGCCUAGAGUAACAGUGGGAACCUAGAGGCUGAGGCCCGAAUACCAGAAGGCCCUAACAUACCAAAGACCUGACAUCCAAAAGAACAAGGCAUGAUGAGUUACACUUCAGAGAGGCUAAGAAAAGAAGAGCAAAUACCCAUUUCACAAUGCCAGGGUAAAUACAUAUUUAACAUUGGAAAGGAAUUAGAGGAUGAAUGAUGUGAAUUAUCUUCCUUCAUAAAUGAACAACUUGACAUUCGGGUUAGAAUGACCAUUUUUGAUUGAAGUUUAAUAGUGAAACUUAUCAACUGUUGCUAAGAGACUAAUCCUCAUUGAAGAUAGUUAAUGUACCACUUUCUGACUGAAAGGUUGGAGAGUCAGACCUUUAAGAAGCCCUGCUGUCACAGAGUUCAAUGUGGCAUAAUGCCAACAUUGUUGGUCACUCCAUUCUGCCUCCAAAUCCUCACUACAACUAAACCCUGCCUCCCAUUCCUGCCUUAGAGGCAAGCACUUCAAGAUGAGGAACAUGGUCAGCAGGUUCAAAUGAGAAGAAGUGAAGAGUGUCCGUUGAGUAAGGGCCUGGGGAUGACCCACACCAACCUGACUAGAGCAGUUUGAGUGGCACAGUGAGCUGGCAGGGUCUGGUUCUUGUGCAUGCCACUAUUCCAUUAUGGGUUUAAUUUGUACUUCCUCGGUGGAUAAUACUGUUGAACACCCCUUUCUAUAUGUGUUAGCUUUUUAAAUAUCUUCUUUGAGAAGUACCUGUUCAAGACUUUUGCCACUUUUUAAUUGGGAACUGCUUUUUGCUCACUUGUAGGAUUCUUUAUAUAUUCUGGAGACAAGAUUUUUUUUAGAUGUUUGUAUUACAAAUAUCUGCAGUUACCUUUUCACUCUCUAAAUGAUGUUCUUUGAUGAAUAUAAGUUCUUAAUUUUGAUAAAGAGUAACUUUUCUUUAUGAUUAGUGCUUUUUUUGCCAAGUUUAAGAAAUAUUUUCUUAAGGUAAUAAAGAUAUUUUUCACAUUUUCUUCUACAUAUCUAUUUUAUGUGUAUGAUCCAUCUGAAAUUAGUAUUUAUGUAUGGCAUGGAGUAGAGUUCAAAGUAUUUUUCAUACAAAUAAGCAAUUUGUUCAACAUCAUUUAUUGAAAAAUCCAUCUUCCCAUUUUUUCCUUGAAUUGUAGUUAAACAUUAAUUAUAAAUCAGAUGAUCAUGCAUGUUAGGGUCUUUUGGACUAUUCUGUUUCAUUGUUCUAUAUGUUUAUUAUUGUACCAAUACCAAAUAUUUUAAAUGAAAACUGGUAGUACAGUUGACCUUUGAACAAUUCGGGGGUUAGGGGAACUGACCGCUCACACAAUCAAGAAUCAUUGUAUAACUUUUGACUUCAAAAAGUUAACUACUAAUAACCUAUGUUUGACUAGGGGCCUUGCCAAUAACAGUCAAUUAACACAUAUUUUGUAUAGGUAUUAUAUACUGUAUUCUUAAGUAAGCUAGAGAAAAAAUAUGAUUAAGAAAAUCAUAAGGAAGAGAAAAUAUAUUUACUAUUCACUAGGUAGAAGUGAAUCAUCAUCAAAAUCUUUUAUCUUCAUCAUCACGUUGAGCAGUACUGAGGUGGAAGAAGAAGUGGAGGGGUUGGUCUCAGGUGGCAGAGGUAGAAGUAAACCCAUAUGUAAGUGGUCCCACACAGUUAAAACCUGUGCUCAAGGAUCAACUGUGUAUGUUUUCUAAUUUUGUUCUUAUUCAAAAUUGUCACUGCUAUUUUAGGUCCUUGGCAUUUUCAUUUACAUUGUUGAAUGAUUUUUUUUUAAUUACACCAUACCAAAAAGCUAGGAUUUUGUUGGCAUAACAUCAAAAACAUGAGUUAAUUCUGGAAAAAUGAAUGUACAAACAUGAAUAUUGAAACAUUCAACCUAUGAGUAUUCCAAACCUUUUUAUUUAUAUAGAUAUUUUAAUUUCAACAUUUUGGAUUUUGUUAUUGUUGUUGUUUGGCCUUGCUACGUCACCC